UUUUUCGUCUGUGUUUUUUUUUUGUCGCUGUCCCCGUUUUGAUCUCUUCUCUUUUUUCUGUUCGCUACGGAUCUCGCGUCGGGUCGCUCACACUCAUUUGUUCGAUACUACCCAGUCACUCCUUUUGUGUAUCAUUCUGCAGUAACCAACUAGUCAUUCGCUCCUUUUUAUCCAUUUUUAAAACCAACCUAUUGUUUUUUUGACACCAUGCACGCCUCCACAAUUGCCCUGGCCGUCUUUGGCAUCGCUGGCACUGCCUCGGCCAUUCAGUUCACCUCCCCGGUCGCAAACGCGACCGUUGCCCGAGGUGAGGCGAAACACGAAGUCUCCUGGUCCAGCGUUGACACGGACCCGGAGCGCUUCAGCAUCUACCUGGUCAACUUUGUCAACUGGCCUCCCUACUACAAGCAGCUGGCGGCAGACGUCGAGACGGCUGCGGGUGCUGCUGAGAUCCGCAUUCCUUGCGACUUGGACGCAUCUGGUGGAUACCAGAUCAACGCGAUCAACGGCACCAACGUCUACGUAAUUUACGCACAGACUCCUAAGUUCAGCAUCGGCGGCGCGAGCUGCCAGGACCCCGUGGCGGCCGAGCCGUCCACGUGCGCCCCCGCCGUGACCGUCACGGCGACCGUCACGGUGAGCCCAACCCCCCUCCACAGCAAUGGCACUCUUGUCCAGCAUCCCCCAUCGGUGACCCCUCCCGCCGCCGUCACCACUACCACUGUGUCCACUGUUAACGCCGGUACCUGUCCCGAAACCAUCGGUUGGGGUACAUCAGGCUACGGCUCUCCCAUAACUCUGACGGCCGUGCCGCGCCCGUCCGACGAGCCCACCAUUCCCGCCCCCGCCAACGCUGCGCUGACCACCUCCGCCCCGACCUCCGUCUCCGAAAAGACCGUCGGCAACGUGGUGUACCAGACUGUGUACAUGGACCUGGCAGACUACAUCGCCAAGGGUGGCUCCUGCGGCUGUGACGCAUAAGACUGGUAAUUAUGGUGGCGAUUUUAUCUGGGGCUGGGGAAUAAAAACCGCGGGUAACAUGUUCCGGGGCGGAUAGUGGGAAAAAUUGUGUGGGGUUGUGGGGAUUGGGUUGCUUCUUGACAUUCUAAAGUCUUCUGGUGCAGUUUGGCGUCGGCAUUGGAUCGAGCGUGGGUUUUAAUUCCAAAACCGGCCGCGACAUCUUGAGUUAGACUACUACUGUAAUAACGGCUUUUCCAAAAAAGAAAAUAUGCCAUUUCUAGGUACUUAGUGUUUUAGAUAAUAAAAGACUAAAUAAUUGGCAGCAGUAGCUAGCGGCGACUACCGUAGUCGUUUGUUUAUUUCGAGUCCCAAGUUUACAGUAGUGA